AUGCGUUUCCUUACAGUGCUUUUCAUUGCCGUUUUUCUCAUUGCCAUCCAUAUGCAUACAGCAAAUGCCGUACCACUGAGAGGGACUCACAGCAGCGUAAAAGACCUUGGCAAGAAAACGGGACAACAUGGUGCCAAUCCAAAACCUGGUGAUACAGGAAUAGAACCAGGAUCUAGUUCUGAUUCGAAAGUCGCUGAACCAGCUGCUGCUAGUGAUCAAUACACAAGUGGUAAACUAGUGGCUGAUCAAGUUGCUCAAGCUGCUGGCACUGUUGCUGGAGCUGCUGGAAGUAUUCCUGGUGUUGGUGGUGGCAAAACCACUAGUAAUGGAGCAGCUUCUGGUAGUGGUACAUCUUCUAAUGGUGGAGCAACUUCCGGUAGGGGCACGAUCACUGGUACUACUCGUUACCCUUCUGGUAAAGAGACCGAAAUCUAUUAA